AUGGCCCCGACCUGGCGCGGUUUGGCAUAUGCCAGUGGCUCAUUGGCCGCACGCUACAUUGUGGGCGAUUGCAUCACACAACGGGUCCUGGAGCAGCCUCAGGAGAAGCACGACUGGAGGCGAACCUGUCUCUUUGGUUCCUUCGGGGCGACGAUGGGUGCUCCCGCCUACCUUUUCUACGCAGAGUUUCCGAGCCGCGUGCUGGUCAAGCUUGCUGAAGGCCGGUGGAUGGUGGCUGCCAUGAUCGGGGUGGACGCUCUCAUCUUCAUGCCUCUUGUCUACUUGCCGUGCUUCUACACUUUCCGGGAAGCAAUCUACAACAGGCACGGCAGCUGCGGAUCUUUAGCAGCCGCUUCCUUUGUCUACUGGUCGGAGCACGUGCUGGUGGACAUGAGGAAGCGUUCCGUCGGAGCUCUAGGUCAUGUUCACUGCGACUCGGCUGUUGAGAUUCUGAGCAAGUUUGCAGUGCUUUCAUGCGCAGUGUGGAUGCAAGGCCCUCUGCUCUACUAUGCACUGCUCACAGUCCCAGAUUUCCGGGGCCAAGAUGGUUCCGUCCCUGGACAAUGGAUGGUCUGGCCGAAGUCGGCACUUGCUCCUAGCUUGGCCUUCGUUGGCAUUCUUGCAAGGCCCUCGGUCGCGAAGCGCAGCGGCUCAGUCUACAAUGUGUCUACAUGGUAUGUCUACAAAGUCUGCAGCCUGUUCGACGGAGAGAGCGCGGAUAUGGCAGAGUCGUUGGCGAUGAACGGCACGUUGGUUGCGGCAAAGUCCGCGCUUGCAAUGCCAUGGGACCUGCCUGUCGACAUGGGCCUCGGCCUCCGGAAGGCGCAGUUCUUCGACAGUUGCCUGCGGGCAGACCGGUCGGUGGAGUUCCCGAGGCGCGUCACGAGGGGCCUCCCGCCGGUCAGAACCCGCGAGUCAAAGCUUGCUGCUGUGGCGGCCAAAGUCCAAGAGGUCCGUCUGCCGGGCUCCCCGCGCCUACCUGAGCCGGUUCCCACAAGGAUCACCACCACCAACAUCACCGACGCGCAGGACUGGGUGCAGAAGUCGAUAACCCUCGUGGACGGCAUGACUGAGAUACCAGCACCUCUCAAGCAAUUGGACAGGCACGACAGGGCGAUGCAGGACUUGGUGAACCAGUGUCGUCGAGUCAGGCUGCAUCCGGCAACUACUGGCAUCGUCCGGGCCGAUGGUGCGGAGAAGUUGCAGCUGGAGUACGGAUUCCUGACAGAUGAGCGUGCUGAAGCCAUGAAUGAUACCUUGAAGGCGUCAUCGGAAGAUGUUCGCGAGGCUCGCUUCCGUGCGAACGGCCUCAGCGACUUCGGAGCUGGGCAGCUGUUGGAAGCCCUGCCCUCCGAGUUGGAGAGCGUGGACUUGUCCCAAAACGACUUGGAUCACGGCACAGGCUGGUGUCGUGCUUUCCGCCGGCUGACGAAGCUGAAGAGUCUGACCCUUUCCGAGUGCCGGAUCACAGACAAUACGUGCUUGGAGCUCCUGAACGACCUGGUUCGCUGUCGGUCUCUCACCAGGAUCGACAUCAGCUGCAAUGCAAUAAGCGUUGGCGCUGCCUUCCAGCCGCUGCUGAAGCGUUUCAACUAUCUGGAAGAGCUGGACCUGCACUGGAACCACUUCACCGGAGAGGGUGCAGUGGCUCUGAUCCAGGGCCUCAUGGACAACGAGAAAAGUGGUGGGAGGCUGCGCUACGUGAACCUGUCCUGGAAUCCCCUCGGCAAGUUCGGCGCGGAGGAUACAUGCCAGAUGCUGGUGAAGUAUUUCCGCGAGACCACAGUGCUCAGGCACCUGGACAUCUCGCGCUGCGACCUUUCCCUCGCGUGCUGCCGCCAUCUGGCCGAAGGCCUGAAGGAGAAUCGCAGUAUCGUCGGGCUCCAUGUCAGUGGCAACGAGGCGACGGUCGACGCGCAGGGAUUUCUGGCUGGGAACUUGGUGGGUGCACGGGGAGUGAACAGCCAUGACGAUUCGUCGCGCGGUUGGGGCGGCUCUACUGGCGCGUGGGCGUGGUGGGUCUGGGCGUGUGGCCUGGCCGAUGAGAUCCAUGUGCCCCUGGUUCGCAAGCCCAGGACGGCCUCGGGCAUACGGAGUCUGCACCGGCGUUGGCAGCAGCUUGGGGCCGAGAGUGCAGGGGAUGAUGUCUUGCCGUACGUUCAAAUCAAGGACUACCAGGACUCGGAAUACUAUGGGCCUGUCUCUAUUGGCACGCCAGACCAGAAGUUCACGGUAAUAUAUGACACUGGAUCUUCCGACCUCUGGGUUCCGAGCGCGAAGUGCAUCUCAAAAGCCUGCAGCAAGCACAACCGCUAUGACUCCAGCAAGUCCAGCACGUACCAUCCGGACGGGCGCAGGCUGAUCCUUCCAUAUGGAUCAGGGGUUUGUGCUGGCACGCUGAUUGCGGACAAUGUCAAUGUGGGCGGCAUCGAGUUGAGCAAUGCUACGGUGGGCUCAAUCGUUCUGGAGCCCGGACAGAUUUGGGUGGAGAGUCCUUUCGAUGGCAUUCUGGGUCUGGCUUAUCCGCAGAUUGCUAUGCCGGUGGAUCCCAACAAUCCCGUGCUCCCUCCCUUUGACUUGAUGAUGAAGAAGAAGCUGGUCAAGCAGGGCAUGUUCUCCUUCUUCUUGUCCACCUGCAGGCCCCCGAGUGGCCAUGGCGGGUCUGAGACCUGCGACGGCUCCAAGCUGACCCUGGGUGGCUUUGACGAGUCGCUCUUCAGCGGCGAGAUCACAUGGGUGCCAACGACGUUCUACCAGAAGAUGCUGGGCUACUGGCUCGUAAAGGCGGAUAACUUUGCUGUGAAGGGGGAGUCUUUGGCCUGCACCACUCCCAUCAUCGGCUGCCCAAUGGUCGUUGACACUGGCACCUCAGUUAUCGCGGUGCCGCCCCUGCAGUUUGCGAAAGUCAACCAGACGAUCGGCCACCUGGCAAGCGACUGCUCCAACGUUAAGUCCCUCCCGACGCUGACGUUCACCUUCCAGGGCAAGGCCUUCAGCCUGGAGCCAGACUUCUAUGUGCUGCGGGGUGCAGAUGACAAUGGCGCUGACGAGUGCGAGCUCGGCAUUCAAGGUGUUUCGGCCGGUGUUCCUGGAAUGUGGAUUCUGGGUGAUCCUUUCCUGCGCAAGUACUACAGCAUCUUCGACCGGGAACAGAACAGGGUCGGCUUUGCCACGGCGAAGCACGGCGCUGAUGAGAAGAUUGUACAUGAGUUGCAGGGGGUCAGCAAGGCAUCCUUGGCGAUCGAGGAAGAGGACUGCAACUGCUGGAUUUGCCACCGCUGGCGCGAGACCAGGCUCUGCUACGUGCCUGGUAUUUCUGGGCCGGAUGUUUCCGACGUUUGGGUUUUCACCUCGAUCGAUGGCUUCAGCACUCCGCUGAAGCUUCAGCGCGUCGGUGAGGAGUUCGUCACCUACGUGAUGGCUGCUCCCGGGCCCUUGCGUUGCGUCUUCCAAGCUGGCACCUCGCUGCUUUGCUCGCGGACGGCCCCUGAGGUGGACCUCAAGGAGAUGGUGGCUGCCAUGAAGGGCGGCCUCGGCGUCUACUCCUCCACGAGCAUCUCACCUGUGCUGGGCAAGGAUGGUCCAGCGCUUCGACUCAGGCGCGCGCGGCUGCCCGGCGAGUCGCAGGCGGAAGACGACGAAAUGCCUGCGCCUGCGGCCGACUCCGCUCCUCUGGACGUCGAUGUGGAUACCUUCAGCACAAUCAUGGUGGUAGCACGGCCGGCUGACGAGCCGGUGUGCACAGCCUACAUCCCCCGGCUUCCGGGCGAGCUGACGCCUAGCACCGCUCCGCACCAGGCGUUGCCAGGUGGUCGUGAGCGAAGCUUGCCGGAGUUUGUUUUUCUCGAAGCCACCAAGAGGCUUGGUUCUGCCACAUAA